UCUGUUCAGUUUUUUUGCCAAAAAUGUCAAUAAUCGUAUUGUUUUGUACGGAUCGUAUUAGAUUUUAUUAUUUUUAUGACUAAAAUUAUUACAGUACAAGCAUAAAGUAAUUUGAUAUGGAACAAUCAGAUAUUAGUAGUAUUAUUAAAUGUAUAGAUCUAAGUAUAGAAGUCAUAGAUAGUGCUGAUAAAUGCUAUAGUGAACUGCAGCCUUGUGAUCCAUUUAAAGGCAUAGGAGAUGAACCACAGCCUCCAUACUACAGAGUGGAUAGCAUUGUGUUUGCGGAUCCUUUAGAAAAUGAAACUUUAGCGCCAAAUUGUGAAGAUUCUUCCAAAAAUGUACCAUCGGAUUCAACAAUAGUUUUAAAUGAUAAUGUUAUGGUCAGAAAGAGGAAAGGCAGAGGCAAAAACCUCUAUGUACAUUUGGAAGAUGAAUCCAAGUUGAAUUGUCCUGUGGAAAACUGCACCAAAUCCUUCGCCACACCCACUCUCCUAAGCGCACACAUCCGUAAAGUCCACUUCUCGGAGAGGCAGCACACAUGUGAGGUGUGCGGAGCGAGCUUCACUGCUUCGUACCUGUUGAAACGACACUCGCUCGUGCACGGAGCAGAGAGAGUGCAGUGCCCUGUUUGUAACAAGAUUCUGAGCUUGAGGACGAAGUAA